GAACGCGAUCGGUGGAUCAGUUCGACGGUUGUAGUGCAAAAGUGAAGAUCGGUGACGAAACGGAGCUGACGGCUUCGGCAAACGACGACAGUUACUAUAUUGCGUGAUUAGUGCUUCAGCGCGCAACUAACGCAAGCGUGGAGUGUUUAGAAUCUAAGCAUUGCGAGAACUCGGAAACGCCGCUGGAACAGAUUUUCAGUGGAUGAUUUUAUCGUGUCUAUAAUUUCCCAACAUAAGGACCGUGUAGUAGUGACGGCGUUCAGAAUCGAGGCAGUUGGUUCCAGUUACAACGGAAAAGGGAAUUCUAGUCAGGAGGAAGCGAUAUUGCAGCGGAAAAGAAGCCAUGAGAUCAUUGUUGUUAAUUGCGGCAGUGCUCGUCACGGGAGCACUGUCCUUGGGAGUCGGCCAACAAUGUGCACCUGGAAGCACAUUCAAGCUGGAAUGCAACACGUGCCGCUGCUCAGCUGAUGGCAAGCUUAUGUCCUGCACGAGAAAGUUCUGCCUUCCGGACGAGCAAAGUGACGACCCCAAAGCACAAACGGCGUUGAAGGAAGUCAGCAGCAAUGCCCAGCCAGAAGCGGUCGCUGAAAAGGAAGAGGAGCAGGUGCAUACAAAUGGACAGGUGUGCACGCCCAACGAAGUGAAGAUGGAGGACUGCAAUCGCUGCAAGUGUGCCGCAAACGGUAUUGGAUGGUUCUGCACACGGAAGGCCUGCCCUCCACGGGAGCGGCGUUCAGCGUCGAAACCUGCUUCGCAGUGUGUACCCGGAACGUCCUUCAAGGCGGCUGAUGGAUGUAACAACUGUUUCUGCGGACCAAAUGGUAUCGCUGCCUGUACGCAGAUGUUCUGUUUCAACACGAAAACCAAGCGUGAUACUGCUGUCCAACCGUCGAAACAACAAUGUGUUCCCGGGACCUCGUACAAAAGUGCCGAUGGCUGCAACGAUUGCUUUUGCACGGAAAAUGGUAUCGCAGCUUGUACGCUGAAGUUCUGCUUUAAUCCGAGAACCAAGCGAGAUACUGCUGUCCAACCAUCGAAACAACAAUGUGUUCCCGGGACCUCGUACAAAAGUGCCGAUGGCUGCAACGAUUGCUUUUGCACGGAAAAUGGUAUCGCAGCGUGCACGCUGAAGUUCUGCUUUAAUUCGAAAACCAAGCGUGAUACUGCUGUCCAACCACCGAAGCAGGAAUGUGUUCCAGGUACUUCGUUCAAGAGCGCCGACGGCUGCAACGAUUGCUUCUGCUCGGAUAAUGGUAUCGCAGCUUGUACGCUGAAGUUCUGCUUUAACACAAAAAUUAGGCGCGAUACUGAGGCUGUCAAGCCUGCAGAGCGGGAAUGUGAGCCUGGAACCACGUUCAGAGAUGCCGAUGACUGUAACGAUUGCUUCUGCACCGAUGAUGGAGUCGCUGCCUGCACUGAGAAGUUCUGCUUCUCCGAGCCACCAGUGAUCAAAGAGAAGCGGCAAGUCAAAGAUGAGCUACCCGUGUCGGAUGUGGCUCCCGGUGCGCCCGGUUUUUCCUGUAAUCCAGGCAAGAGCUUCAAGUUCCAAUGCAACACCUGCCGGUGCGACACGUCUGGGCAGACGGCGGCGUGUACGUUCAAAUUCUGUAUUCCGGGAGAGUACUGAGUGUAACGAGAGUAGAAUCGGACGUGCUAAUCCCUUACGUUAAGAUGAUUUAUUACCAUUGUUAGGAUUACUUCUUUGUUGUGCAGUUUCUUGUAAAAUCAGUAGCUCUCUAUGAGAAGGAGACACCCAAUAAAGUUUAGUUUUGUUACAACUGUUCAUGCUAUU